AUGGCUGUAGUCACCGCUCACCUCCGCCGCUGUCGGGUACAUGUUUUUCCGUAUCUAGAUGACUGGCUCAUCCGAGGAACCUCUGAGGCACAGGUGAUCCAUCACAUUGGCAUUGUCAAGGACCUUUUCCUACAUCUGGGCCUAAUGAUCAAUGCAGAAAAAUCCACUCUGAUUCCCACUCAGAGGAUGGACUUUAUUGGUGCCACCCUGGACUCCAACCUCACCAGGGCCUGCUUACCGCUGCCCCGGUUCCAGGGUCCUACUGAAAGUACGCAGAAACAGAGCCCGCUUGAUCAAGAUCGCUCCAGUGUGGCCCAGGCAGCACUGGUACACCAUGUUGCUAGACCUGUCAAUAGCGGACCCUAUCCCACUACCUCUGCACCUGGACCUGAUAACUCAGGACCACGGCAAACUGCAUCACCUAGACCUACAGUCCCUCCAUCUCAUGGCAUGGCUCUUGAGUGGUUGACCCAGUCUGAGUUGCGCUGCUCUACCCCAGUGCAACAAGUACUCCUGGGUAGCAGGAAACCUUCCCCUAGAGCAAUGUAUCUGGCCAAGUGGAAGCGUUUCACAUGCUGGUGUGCAGAGCAUAAUGUCCUUCUCACUGAGACCCCCAUCCCCACCAUCUUGGACUACCUCUGGUCCCUUAAACAACAGGGUCUAGUGGUAUCUUCUUUGAGAGUGCACUUGGCGGCCAUCUCUACUUUCCACCCAGGGGAGAAUGGCCACUCUGUGUUUUCACAUCCUAUGAUAUCUCGAUUCCUCAAGGGCUUGGAGCGCCUGUACCCCCAGACAGCUGGAACACGGGAGGUUCCAGUCCUGUACUGGAAAUGGAAAAUGAGAGUCACCAUAUCCAAAUACUCAGAUAUAGUUAAGGCUUGUCGAGAAAAUAUAGAGCAAGAAAAAGGGGACCAGGUUUUGCGAGUCUUGCCACAAACAUUUGAGCACGUAAAGCAACUUCAGCAGCUUUGUGACACCUUGCUGCUGGAUUUGUGGAAGCCACUGCUGCCUGAAGACAUCCAGGCUGGAGAAGAACUGCAUGCCAGGGUUCCAGCCUUCAGUUUACAGGAGCUGAAAGACAGCUUAAAUCAGCAUUUGAUAUCUUAUGAGGUCCUAAUACGUGAUGUACAAGAACAACUGGACAAUUUUCACUGGAUGUACCAGAUAAAGGAGAGCAACAGUGAGUUGGUGACACAGCAUUAUCUAGGAAUGACAUAUGAGAACCGGCCAAUGUAUUAUCUGAAGAUAAGUCAACCAUCAAAUAAGGCCAAGAAGAUUAUUUGGAUGGACUGUGGGCUUCAUGCCAGAGAAUGGAUCUCUCCUGCCUUUUGCCAGUGGUUUAUGAAAGAAAUUUUGCAGAAUUACAAAACUGACCCAAAGAUAAAAAGCUUCCUGCAGAACUUAGACGUAUAUAUCCUGCCAGUUCUCAAUAUCGAUGGUUAUAUCUAUUCCUGGACAACAGAACGUCUGUGGAGAAAAUCCCGCUCUGCACUUAUAAACAGCACCUGCUUUGGAACAGAUCUUAACCGUAACUUCAAUGGCUCCUGGGGCAGUAUUGGUGUGUCUCAUAACUGCAGCAGCCUCACUUUCUGUGGAACAGGGCCAGAAUCAGAACCCGAGACUAAAGCUGUAGCCAGAUUUAUAGAAAAAAGGAAAAGCGAUGUUUUGUGCUUUUUGACUGUCCACUCUUAUGGACAGUACAUUCUCACUCCGUACGGUUAAAAAACCAAUUUGGCAAGUAACCACCAGGAUUUGCUGGAAGCUGCAGAGAAAGCAGCAGUCGCACUGAAGGAAAAGCAUGGGACCAAUUUUACAGUGGGACCGACUUCUCUGGUUUUGUACAAGAACUCUGGCUCCUGGUGGGACUGGGCUCACAUGAUUGGCAUUCCAUUCUUCUACACAUUUGAGCUGAGAGACAAGGGUGCCUAUGGAUUUAUUCUACCGCCAGACCAGAUCCAGCCCACGUGUGAGGAGACUACCUCAGCUGUGAUGACCAUCACAGAAUAUGUAAAUCAGAAGUAUUUCCCAAACAGUGCAGUGGCAGUGACCUCUGGCAGCCUGUGGUUAUGA